CAGGUGGAUCCUGCCCUUCCUUUGCACGCCACUGCUCUGUGUUUUGUCUAGUUUACACUUUUUUUCCACUAUACAGGGGCCAUAAUAAUUACACAACUUCCAAACGUAACCACUUGACAUCACAAAGAGAAACACGGUGUACGGACAGAAACAAGGGAAGAGAGAUCGAGAACCAACACAAGAGGGAGAGAGAGCGAGGGGGAGAGAGAGCGAGGAAGAGCGAGAGCGAGUGAGAGAGAGAGAGAGAGGAAUGGCGUCUCGGUGCUGUGCUCUUUGAGCCAGUGUUUGGAGCCGGUUUUGGAGCCCUUUGAGUGAGAUUAAACAUGGUGAACACACGGAAAAGCUCGCGGCCGGGCAGUGGCCACUUUAUCUCCUCCAGGACCCGCUCGUCGUCGAGGAGCGAGCGGAACACAGACGAGCAUAAGGAGAUGAGCAGUGAUGUGAGCAGUGCACAGCUCAGCCCGCCUGCGAAGCGGCCCCACAGGCAGAUGACGUCGGAACCCAGUUCUAGCGACACGUCCCCCUCACCCCAGACCAAAGGCCAGAGGGUUAGCUGGGACAUUCCCACCUACCGCACCAGGUUGUCAUCGCGUAUCAUGCAAAAUGGGCACGGCCAUAUGGGCCAUCGAAAAGAGGAGUUGGGCCAGGGUGACCACUCACGCAUGAACGGUCACGUGGAGCUGAGGAAGAGCCAGUUUGAACACCUCAACCAGAGCCUGCUGUUUGACCAGCUGGUCAACAGCACCGCUGAGGCCGUCCUUCAGGAGAUGGACAACAUCAGCAGCAUCAGGCAGAACCGCGAAGUGGAGCGCCUCCGUAUGUGGACCAGAGACACAGAGGAGGAAAACAUGGACAUGUACUCUCGGGUGAAGCGGAGGAAGUCGAUGCGCCGCAACACGUUCAGCCUGCCUGCGCAUCACAAAGCCUUGAGUAAAACGCAGGAGGAAGAGGAGGAGGGCACGGAAGAAUCUCAUGGGGAGGAAGAGGAGGAGGAUGCCGAGGAUGAAGACGACGAAGGGGAUGAAGCAGAGGAAGCAGGGGAGGGGAACGACAGGCCGUACAACUUGAGACAGCGCAAGACUGUGCAGAGAUACGAGGCUCCCCCGAUUGAGCCAGUGAACCGGAAGCAAAGCAACCCCACACUUUUUGACACUCACAGAUCACCAGCAAGGAGAAGCCAUAUACGGAUAAAGAAACAUGCCAUCCACAGCAGUGACACAACCUCGUCCUCUGAUGAGGAGUGCUUUGAGAGAAGGAAAAGCAAAAGCAUGACUCGGGCCAGAAACAGAUGUUUGCCCAUGAACUUGACAGCGGAGGACCUGGCGAGUGGGGUCCUGCGUGAUAGGACCAAAGUGGGGGCCAGCCUGGCUGAUGUGGACCCCAUGAACCUCGACACCUCAGUGCGAUUCGACCAAGUGGGUGGCCUCGGGAAUCACAUUCAGUCCUUGAAGGAGAUGGUGGUGUUCCCGCUUCUCUAUCCGGAGGUCUUUGAGAGAUUCAAGAUUCAACCUCCACGGGGGUGUUUAUUUUACGGGCCGCCAGGGACUGGAAAAACAUUGGUGGCCCGGGCGCUGGCCAACGAGUGCAGCCAGGGUGAGCGCAAGGUUUCCUUCUUUAUGCGCAAAGGGGCCGACUGCCUCAGCAAGUGGGUUGGCGAAUCGGAGCGCCAGCUGCGCCUCCUCUUUGACCAGGCGUACAUGAUGAGGCCGUCCAUUAUCUUCUUUGACGAGAUUGAUGGAUUGGCUCCGGUUCGCUCCAGUAGGCAAGACCAGAUUCACAGUUCCAUUGUGUCCACUCUGUUGGCCUUGAUGGAUGGCCUGGACAGCCGCGGGGAGAUAGUGGUCAUUGGUGCUACCAACAGACUUGACUCGAUCGACCCGGCACUGCGGAGGCCUGGCCGUUUCGAUCGGGAGUUUCUGUUCAACCUGCCCGACAGGACGGCCAGAAAGCACAUCUUGCAGAUCCACACACGGGACUGGAGCCCCAAAUUGUCUGAGCCAUUUGUAGAUGAACUAGCAGAAAAAUGUGUCGGUUACUGUGGCGCCGACAUCAAAGCACUUUGCACUGAGGCGGCGUUGGUGGCACUGCGCCGCCGCUACCCCCAGAUCUACGGCAGCAGUGUCAAGCUAAAGCUGGACGUGGCCUCCAUUGUGCUGGGGCCUACUGACUUCUGUCGGGCCAUGAGGGCUAUCGUGCCGGCCUCGCAGAGGGCCCUGGCUCCCCCAGGGCGAGCACUGUCGCCCGUCCUCAGGCCCCUGCUGGCCGGUGCCUUCUCUUUGGUGCUCACUGCUCUCCGUAGAGUCUUCCCUCAUGCUCAGUGUGCCGACAGGGACAUGCAAGUGGGCGGUGACAAUCAACUCCUCGAAGAGGAUGCGUACAGCGACGACGAUGACGACGACAAUGCCACUUCCAUCUACGAAGUUCAGCCUGCCGUGUGCCCCAUCAGUCCCUCGGCAUCCUCAGACCCCACCAUGCGCAGGCCCUUGAUCCAUUGCUCUUUUUCCCCCCACCAGCAACCCACAGCCUACCGGCCCCGUCUGCUCCUGGCUGGAUCCCCGGGCUCGGGUCAGAGUUCCCACCUGGCCCCUGCCUUGCUGCACCACCUGGACAAGCUGCCAGUGCACCGCCUGGACUUGCCCACCCUAUACUCCACCACCGCCAAGACGCCAGAGGAAUCCUGUGCUCAGGUUUUCCGCGAGGCCUGCCGCAGCGUCCCCAGCGUGGUGUUUGUCCCGCACAUCUCAGAGUGGUGGGAGACUGUGAGCGACACGCUGAAGAGCACCUUCCUCUCCCUGCUGCUGGAUGUGCCCUCCUUCUGCCCCGUCCUUGUCCUCGCCACCGCGGAGACAUUGUACUCGCAGCUUUCUGAAGAGGUCAGGAGUAUGUUCCAGAAGGCCUACGGGGAGGUGGUCACGCUGCACCCUCCGGGCGAAGGAGACCGGAGGAGCUUCUUCUCUGACCUGCUGCUGGUCCAAGCGGCCAGAGCUCCACCACGCCUCAGGAAUACAGUAGAGCACUGUGAAGAGGUGCUGCCGGUGGCUGAAGCCCCGGGCCCCAGAGUACUGUCUGCUGAGGAGCAGCGUCGCUUGGCUGAGCAGGAGGAAAACACGCUACGGGAGCUCCGACUCUUUCUCAGGGAUGUCACCAAGCGGCUGGCUACCGACAAACGCUUCAAUAUCUUCAGUAAGCCCGUCGAUAUUGAAGAGGUGUCGGACUACUUGGAGGUGAUUGGACAGCCCAUGGACCUAUCGACCGUCAUGACCAAGAUUGAUAAGCACCAGUACUUGACGGCCAAAGACUUUCUGGUGGACAUCGACCUUAUCUGCAGCAAUGCGCUAGAGUAUAAUCCUGACAAGGAUCCUGGCGACAAGGUGAUCAGGCACCGAGCGUGCAGCCUCAAGGACACGGCGCAUGCCAUCUUUGCCUCUGAGCUCGACCCGGAGUUUGAUCGCAUGUGCGAGGACAUCAAAGAGGCACGUAGGAAGAAGGACCAGCAGACGCCAGCUCAGCCUGCAGCAGCACCACCACCACCAGUGGUAGCAGUAUCGGCAUCAACAACAGCAUCACCAUCAAGAGCAGCAGCAACUCCUCCGAGUGCUCCCGGAACCUUGAGGAGUCUCCUUGCCACAGAACACCAGAGCAAGGCCAACACUCAGGGCGAGGCCACUGAGAAUAAACCAUGCACCCCCAAUCAUAUCAAGAAGAAGCUCCGCCGACGGCCAUCUUGGGUGCGGGGCAUCAUCCGCAAGCAUAAGCACCACAAGAAGGGUGCGGAUGAACACAAAGUGGAGGAACACACAGAGACUGAAAUGGAAGCGGCGGGGCCCAGCGACUCUUGCCUGACAUUGGACGAGGAGUCCUCAUGCGACACCCCGGGACCCCGGACCAAUGGCCACCUCCCUCAUGUCUCCUCCAUGGAGGAAGAGAGCUCCAACGAGCCCCCGGUUGGCUCCACCGAGGCCGGAAAGGAGUUGGAAGAACAAACUCGGCUGCAUUGCCUUGGCAAUGAUUCCCAUCCCCAAACAGACGGUGACAGCCAAACCGAUGCAAAGCCUCCAAUUGAAAAAUCUGAUUGUUCUGACGCUCAACAUACGGAGUCUCUCCACAUAGCACAAGUGAAUGGGAACGAGUCGAUGGAUAGUCUGGAUCAGUGCCUGGAGAAAAACAGCAAAGCCGGUGAGGAAAGGAUGCCUCAGAACACGGCGGCCGAAAUAGCGUCGGAGGAGCAGCACAGCAGCAUUGAUGAGGGGGAAUCGAAUCAAGAGCAUUCUGGGAAAAUUGUGGAGGAAGAUCAGGACAAAGAAGGGGAUGCCAAGGCAAAGAAAUGCAAGAGGAGCCUGUCGGAGCAGCUGAAAGCAUCGGCUGUGAGGACGGAGGAUGAGGCCAAAGCGGCAUCCCCGCCUCCGCCGCCCCCACUUGUGGUUGAUCACAAGCAACUUUUGGUGCUACUCAACAUGGCGGUGAGGAAGAGCGAGGGCUUCAGCGUAGAGCAGCUUGAGAGACUCUACUCGGUGCUCAGCCAGUGCAUCUUCGCCCAUCGCAGAGAGUACGACAAGACGCGACUACUGGAGGAGAUGGAAGACAGGAUCCAGCAUUUUGACACAUUCCUGUAAGAAGCUGACGACAAAACCUCUUCAGGUAGACCCUGAGCAAGCCUCCCUUGGGACCACAGAAGACACGAACUGAGAGCGAGGUCGAGAGACAUUCAAAUGGUGCUAUCGUCUCAGGAACAUUUACUUGGACACAACCAAACCCCCUCCCAGAGGUGUGUCUCACACUCACGCGCACACACAAGCCAAUGGUAAUGAGCGGCAACCCCGGUGCUACUAGGGUGCUAUUCUAACUGUCAUCCAUGCUGCUUAUUCUUGGCAUUUUUUUUAACUCGGGACAGUGAGUCAAAGCAACCAACCCCUUUCACUCACACACACACACACACACACACACACACACACACACACACACACACACAGAUCCUCACCAGCAGAAACGCUUGAACACCACUCGUAGAGUAGAUGAGGACAGAGUAAUAUUCCCAAUCAGUGAACUCUAGACCGCUGAGCCAAUCUCGCCCCGGAGCAGAUCUUUUUUUUUUCCCCACCCCCAAACAAUUCAUAUCAUACCAACCCCACCUAUGAACCCCUGCCUCCUCAUGGUUACUUUGUGUAUCCAAGCUCUCUUUAACGCCGUGUCUCAAUUCAGCGUGUGCGGAAGGCUAUAUAUAUAUCAAAUAUAAAA